ACUACUUUGUGUGUAAUUACUUUGUGUACCUAGUGUAAAAUAGAUUUGUAAAAGGAAAUAAGGGUAAAAUAUUAAAAUUCCAAUAAAAAUACACACUUCUGGCUAAAUGUAUGCGGUUACAACCGAAAUUAUCAACAACAAAAAAAAGAGAGAAAAGGUAAAAAAAAAAAUUCUUUAAAAACACACAUAUUUCAUCUAUGGAUUGUAGAUAUACGAUUCUCUGCAUCUGUCUUCUCUAAUAUAUUCUUAGUAUGUUAUUUCAUAUGCAGAUUUUUGUUUGUAUUACAAAAUCAGUGAUUAAAAAAAAAAAAACACACACACACAUUUUGGAUCUUUUUUUUGCUGCUAUAUAGGGAGUGGAGCAACAGCUGUGGUCCAGGCAGCAUAUUGCAAACCCAGGAAAGAGAAGGUGGCCAUUAAACGCAUCAAUCUUGAGAAAUGCCAGACCAGCAUGGAUGAGCUUCUGAAAGAGAUCCAGGCAAUGAGCCAGUGCCACCACCCAAAUAUUGUGUCUUAUUAUACCUCCUUUGUGGUCAAGGAUGAGCUUUGGCUGGUCAUGAAGUUGCUCAGUGGUGGCUCAGUUCUUGAUUUUAUUAAGUACAUCAUUUCCAAAGGGGAGCACAAAUCGGGUGUCAUGGAUGAGGCCAGCAUUGCCACCAUACUAAAAGAGGUGCUUGAAGGUCUCGAUUAUCUGCACAAAAAUGGUCAGAUUCACAGGGAUGUGAAGGCUGGAAAUAUUCUUUUAGGAGAAGACGGCUCUGUUCAAAUUGCAGACUUUGGUGUUAGUGCCUUUUUAGCAACUGGUGGAGACAUGACUAGAAACAAAGUGAGGAAGACAUUUGUAGGAACUCCAUGCUGGAUGGCGCCUGAGGUGAUGGAGCAGGUUAGGGGUUAUGAUUUCAAAGCUGAUCUCUGGAGUUUCGGGAUUACAGCUAUUGAGCUGGCAACCGGGGCUGCUCCAUAUCACAAAUAUCCUCCAAUGAAGGUUCUCAUGUUAACCCUACAGAAUGACCCUCCUUGUCUAGAGACUGGAGUUACAGAUAAAGAGAUGGUUAAAAAAUAUGGCAAAUCUUUUCGGAAGAUGAUCUUCUUGUGCCUCCAGAAGGAUCCAGAAAAACGCCCUACAGCUGCUGAACUCUUAAAACACAAGUUCUUCACAAAAGCCAAGAACAAUGAAUACUUGAAAGAAAAAUUGCUGGACAGGGCGCCAACAAUAGGAGAGAGAUCAAGGAAGGUGCGAAGGGUUCCGGGCUCCAGCGGUCGACUUCACAAGACUGAGGAUGGAGAAUGGGAAUGGAGUGAUGAUGAGUUGGACAUGGAGAGUGAGGAAGGAAAGGCUGCAGUGGCCGCUUUACGGUCACCAAGAGUAAAGGAGGAGGCUGUGCAAAAUGCAGAGAUCUUUCCAGCGGAUCCAUCAAGCUUCCUGCAUCCAGCAGCUGCAGGACAGUCUGAAGUGCCACAUGCUGCAAAUGACACAGCCACGAUAUCAGCGUCCUCUCCAGGCUCCCAGGCUGGUGGACCUACUACGACAGGGCAAGACUCAGCCAAAACCCCCAUCAGCCUGGUUCUAAGAUUAAGGAAUACAAAGAAAGAGCUGAACGAUAUCAGAUUUGAGUUCAUGCCUGGGAGAGACACAGCUGAUGGAGUGUCUCAGGAGCUUGUGUCUGCAGGACUGGUGGAUGGGAGAGACUUAGUCAUUGUUGCAGCCAAUUUGCAGAAAAUCGUUGAUGAUCCACAAACCCACAAAAAUGUCACUUUCAAGUUGGCAUCGGGAGUGGACAACUCUGAAAUUCCAGACGACAUUAAACUCAUGGGAUUUGCUCAGCUGAGUAUAAGUUAAAACAGUAUUACCAGCAACCGGGAAAAAAAACACACAGACUUGUUUGCACAACAGUGCAUUGUAAAUGCUUUCAUUGGCCUAAAGAAACCACUACUGCCAAAGAGACAGAAGGAACCUGACACCACAAAUGUCGAAUAGGACUGCAUCCGAGUUCUUCAUAGGAGCGCACCUCAGAUGUUUACAGUAUUCAUGUAUGUUUUGUUUUCUGUUGCUUUAAACAUUUGCACAAUCUGAACCAACUCCUAGUACUGGUAGAUGUUAAAAGAAUGCCUUACUUUCGGUAGUACUACUGAAUUUACAACUGUAGGUCGACAGUAGCUGUGGAUCUCAUCUGUGAAAUGAAUGAGUGACUGUGUGUGCUUUCAGCUGUGUACCUCAAAGGAAGGAGGAUUGUCAUUCAAUAGCAUUUAAGGGUGCAUGUUGGCACCGCUAUAAAGUCAGCUGUUCUCUGCAAUGUGGUGCAUCAUAUUGGGGCGAUCAGCAUUGUAUGGUUUUACACAUUAACCAGUAAACAUGGGAGCCACGUCACCCACAACCCCGUCAGACAUGAUGUUUCACCGUUACACCCGUGCACUGUACCUCACGGUUACACGUUUCUGUUGCUUUCUCACUAUCGGGAUACAUUCCCAUCGUUUUGCAUGGGCUAAUGCCAGACUGCAUGAAUGAUUUUUAACUUAAGAUAUGCUGAUCAUUUUGCUCUCACUUAAUUUUGCCGGCUCUUUGUGAAAAGAGGAGGUGCAAGAGAGAUGAAAUGAGAUAUUGAGCUCGUUAAAAAAACGUGAACAGUGUUUUUCAUCCAAUUGAUAUUUUUCGCGAAGGAUGUAUAUGCUGUUGUUUCAGAAAACAAUUGAAAUUCUCUGGAAAUUGUGCAUUUCAUAUAUAUUAGAAAGGUUUAUGCAAUUUUGUGGAUUGAGCAUAAUGUUACAAGUUCCAUUUACAUGCGUAGCUGUUAAGUAUAGAGGCAGCUGUUUGGAUAGUGUUAUAGAUUUAUGUUUUUUUUUUUAAGGAGAUUCCAGCGUUUGCAAGGCGGCAAAAGAAUAGCAUUAACAUUUUGGUAAAAUCAAAUUACCACUGAUAGUUACAUUUUGAAUUCUCAAUAUUCAACACAUUUUUAAAGUACUCAAUUUAUAAACACAUCUGCAAAACAAAGUUGGAAUGGAGUCUGUGCGUGGACCUAGAGAUGUAUAGAAAAAUGGAAAAACAUGACUGUCAAUAUACAUUGCUUGCCUUGCAAGCACUGUUAAUGAAGUAAAAACCAGUGAAGCCUGGGACACAGUCCCAGAAAAAGUGACUUCAGGACUCAUCCUGUGUCCAAGUAAUAUUGGCAAUAGGAUCCAUUGGAUUUGAAUUCGUGGGCCUGUUUGUGUCAUUGUAAAUAUUUAAGUUCAUUACAUCUUGCUUAAUAUAUCAUCCGUCUUAGUUAGUAGACUGAUGUCUGAUUCCAUGUUAUAUAGGCAGAAAAUGUGUUCACAUGCAACUGGUAUUUUUUCCCUUUAAAAAACAAAAUGACAUGGUCAUAUUGCCAGUGAUUUCGGCAAUAACUGUUUUUUUUUUUUUUUACAUUUUAUUUAAACCUUUUUGCCGGACUUUUAAUUUUGUUUAAUUCAUUUUCUUAUUGAGGAUCUACACUCCACUUCAUUUUUAAUUUUCCCAGUUAUUUUCUCUCCUUGGCUUCCAACAAACAGUACAUUUUAAGAUGGUUUUAAACCCGAUUAAUUGUAGACAUGGUUGGUGAUUCAUUUGCUGUCACUUUCACACUUGUGUGUAUGUGCAAAUGACUGUUGAUUUUUCUUUUUAAAAUAUAUUUAGUGUGAAUACAACAAUGAAUGUGGGUGGGGCAUCUUAACGAGUACUUGAUCAAGAAAAUAAUCAUGUAAAUAAUCAAAUUGGUGUUGUUUAUAUAUAAUAUAAACAGUAUACAUACUGUUCACAGCUGGCCUUUCUGGAGUGGACGUGGUGGUUUGUCUAAUGACUUAUUGUUGGCUUCUUUGUGUUCACAGUGGAAAAACACAACACUCGGGUUUCAUUACUGAAAAAUGUAGGCCUGAAAUAUUACAUUAGCAUGACUUGAGAAUAGUUUAUGUACUGAAUUCUACUUUGUCAACAGUGGAGGGCUAUUAUUGUUUUCCUACAUUUCAGUUUCUGCCUUGCUGUCUUUGUUCAUCGUUGUGUGAGUGGUUGGUGAGAUUCUUAGAAGGAAUGCUUGUGGUCUGUGGUUUAAUGGGUAACAGCUCAUUACAAUGGCAUGCCACCUUACUGUAAUCAUUGUGUCAAUCAUAUCUCCGAUCCUUUAAAUAGACUUUCAAGUCAAAGCUUAAACACAAUGAUUUCAUUUCUUUGAUGGUCUAAAUUGUUUAUGGCCCUGUCAUGAUUCUCUAAAGCCUCAAAUAUUUCCCCUUUCUCUUGUAAGACACUUCAAGUCCUCAAGUCUCUUUCUCACCAUGGUAGUGGAUAGUGAUUAGACUAUUAUCAUUAUUUCACGAUUUUCACGUGUGGACAAGUGGUUUGCCCUUUUUCUGGAAUUCAUUAGAAGUAAUUCAACUGAGCACUUGAAAGCAAUUGAAAGCAUAUUCUUGUUUCUCAUUUGUAGGAAUCCUUAAAGAUAAUUAACUAAGCUGAUUUGUCUUCAUAUUGACACAUCAGAUCUUGUUAUCUCUACAUGCUCAUAUUUCUGUGUGGUGGUGUUUGUUGAGGUGAGUUGUCUUAAGAUCAUUCCUCCGUUCUGUUCUGUAAGCAGUCUGGAAGGCUGCUGUAUUUUCACACCAAGCACAUGUAUGCAGGUCUUUCAAAAGAGGAAUUGGCUGCAUUUUAGUGGAAUAUUUAAGUGUUUUCAAAUCAACGUUUUUUAUUUAGUGUCUUCUUUUUUUUUAAUCUAAUUGAACUUCAAGGAAUGAAUUGUCAUGACACAACAGCAAUGGAGGUAUUACUAUCACUCUCAGUAUGGUGUGUUAAGGACAAUGGUAGAACACUGUAUAGUAUUUCACUUUUUGGGAUUUUCAGUGCAUGUGUACCCAGUUAUUUUUAAUAAUAAUCAAUAAAGAAUGAAAUUAUGACAUUUC